AUGGACACCGCUCAGUUGAAACAGGAAUUUGAUAAGGCUAGCGUGAAGUUGGAUAGGUUAGAAGUUUUAAGACGUGGAGGGGAGGAAGAGUACCAAGGGGAAAAGAACGUCUUGGUGCAACAAGAGACUUUUUGGCUGGAAGAAAAGAAGAAGGUGUAUCAAUACCGAAUACUUACUCUUGUGCUUUUCUUUCCUGUCAAAAACACUUUUCGCGCUAUCAUAGAUGCAACUGUCGCCCAGACUUCUUCCCUCGCUGAAAUCAACGCCAAGAUGGAUAAACAGCAUGAAUUUAUGGAUAAACAGCUGGAAUCUAUGUCAAAGAUAUAUCAAUGUAUAACGGAAGAAAAAAAACGUGCUGUGGAAUUUACCGGACCAUUGCCAAAGAAUGAUAUAGAACCCUACGAAUGGAAUGAUUACACUGUAAGUGACCCAAACAAAUUGGAAUUGAUAUCUCAAUACUUAAACCAACAUCUAAAACCAAACCUUCCAAAAGAUUAUGUUGUCUUUAACGUUGCAAACCACAAAAGUUUUCUCGACAUUACUACCGAAAAUUCUCCUUUUCCAUUCAAGAUCAAAGGCGGAACUGACUAUGUGGUGAUGGAGCAGAAGUAUAUUGAUAACUUAAUUGCUAAAGCUGGAACUCGGGUUACUAUAGAGUUAAAGAAAGUGCCGCAGGAGCAAAACAUAUGGCAAGCUAUUGCAGAAAUGGUCGCAGCCGACUUUUUGACGAACGAAGAGAUUAAGGUUAUCGGUGUAUUAACAGACCUGAACGAACGCUGGCACCUUUUUUGGUUAGAAGAGGGGAGAAAAAUCAUGAUGGUCAAAUUAUCGCAUCGUAAAAAGGCGUUGGAUAUUAUUAGUAGGAUGGUUAAGAUGAUGCGUGUGCCGGGUUUGCCCGGAGGGCAACGUAUAAAGAUUUAUGAUAAUGCUUAUACGCAAGUUGAUGAUAUUGCACCAUUAGAGGAUUUUUAUGAGGAGAUGAGUGAGGAAGAUAUACUAAGACAUAAAGCGAGAAAGACUAUUGAUUUAAUUAGAAAUAAUCCAUUAUUUUCAGAU